AUUUUCCUGCUCUCCCAAUUCUUGACAUAUUUCAUUUCUUGAUAUAAUCUCAUCAUUCCAAUAUUCUUCAAUCUCCUGGUUCAGGAUUUGAUCGAUCAUCUACAACUUCUUCAUCCGAAAAUGCCUUAAAUGAGAGAAUGAAGAAUUUAAUUCACCAACUAAGAUCAUCCACUAUCCAAUCUCCAUUGGAACUCAUCAGUCACAUUAAAAGCUGCUGGCACAUUACGAAGAGCCACCCUCAUGUGCCUUUUGAAAGAAAACUCUUCCAUAACCCCAGCAUUAACAUUAAAAUGGUGUACUCGUGCUUUCAUAACAACAUCAAAAGAAGUAGGCUAUAAAUAAGAGAAAUAAAUCACCAUAAUAUACACACUCGUCGAUCAACCAUACAGUAUUAUCCACAAAACAAACAACCAUGUCCAUUUCCUUCAACUUCCCCCAUUUCACCCCAGGUGACCCAAGUAUAACUCUCCAAGGUGAUGCCAAGAUCUUGGCCCUGCCAAAUGAUCCAUCCAUUGGUUGGACUACAAGUCGUGCUUGGUAUGCAAAGCCAGUGCCCAUUUGGGAUUCUGCCACUGGUGGUGUUUCAAGCUCUGUCACUUCCUUCUCUUUUGUUGUGAAUGACUUCGAAAGUUAUAUACCAGCUGAUGGUCUUGCCUUCUUUCUUGCACCGUAUGAGACUCAGAUUCCUAGCAAUUCAGCUGGUGGGAAUCUCGGAUUGGUUAACAGCACCACUGCCUUGAAUCAAUUUGUUGCUGUAGAAUUUGAUACUUUCACCAAUGAUUGGGACCCAAAUUCUAGUCAUAUUGGAAUCAAUGUUAACUCUGUAAUUUCGCUGAAGACUGUGCCAUGGAACAGGGUGUCUGGUUCAUUGGAAAAAGUAAGUAUAAUCUAUGACUCUUUAACUAAGACAUUGAGUGUUGCUGUGACUCACAAGAAUGGUGAAAUUUCCACCAUUUCUCAAGUUGUUGAUUUGAAAGCAGUGCUUCCGGAAAAGGUCAGCGUUGGUUUUACUGCAACCACAACAUCAGGCUUUCGUGAGAAGCAUGACAUCCAUUCAUGGUCUUUCACUUCAACCUUGAACAACAACAGCUCAACAUAAAUGUUAUUGCAAACUCUGCAUGAUUUGCCCUACUUAUGCUAUAAUGAUUUGAUGUUGUGAACUUCAGUACUAUCUAAAAUAUGCACCAUGCAUAUGGAUUUUUGCUUAAUGAUUUGUAUUGAAUUUGCCUUUAAUCAUUUUAUAUUCAGUCACGUUUAUUAAUGUUUGGUUACAUUGCAUAUAGGGACAUCAGUAGUCCUAAUGUAGAAUUAUAUUGUGGGGGUAAUGGUUCCAGGCUAAGCCAAACCACCCCUAUCAGCUUUCUGGAUACCCUGAGUAUUAUUGAAAUGUUGUCCACCUGAAUCACACUGUGACACAACGUAUUCUAGUUAAAAAUAUCCCAUAUAAACUAAGGAUUCAGCCACAGUAAAUAGGUGUUCAUAAUUGAAAAAAGGAUCCACAAUCCCAAACUAGUGUUUAGCUUCACAUGACAUCUAAUUAAAUACUAUGCCUCACUAUCAAUCAGAUUGCACAUAAAUUAAUGAAAUAUCCCUUGAACCAACUGCAAUUCAACGGUGCCCACUAGGGUGGGCAAGUUAUAAUCCUGGUCCAUGUGGACCAGAGGAUAACUUUGUCUUUUCCCUUUCCCUUUAGCCUUUACUCUUUCCUCUUCCUGGCAGACUCUUUGUUCCUCCUCCCUUUACCUUUCUCAAUCGAAAAGCUCCACCACGACAUCUUCAUCCUCCUCCUCUGGUUCGAUUACUUCUGCGGCGAAGGGUGAACCGUGGCCGUUUCCAAGGGAGUCCGACUAGGCGACUGUGAAGUGCAGCGACGGGGAAGCGCCGAGGAGGGUGACGACGACGGUGUGCUGCGAGGAUCGGCACGGUCUGAACCAGGACAUGACGCAGGCCAUCAUUGUCUCUUCAUGAAUCACCUGCCACCAUCCUCGACGGGGAAGCGCCGAGGAGGCUGUUGGGUCUGGUUCAAGUUCAAGUUCAUAGCUUUUUUCAAGUUGUUCAUCUCCUUUCCAUCCCCUUCUCAUUUGCUAUAGAUCUGAUAUGUAUUUUUUUAGGUUCUUUUGAGUUUUUUGUAUAAAUUGAUUUCUGGAACGGGAUGCAUUUUGAGUUUGCUUCA